AGCCGCCUGCACUUUGCCCAAGACAUCUCUAUAAAUAAGCUGCGAAGGUGGAAGGUGCUGGAAGAGCUGAGCCCUCCUCAGACAGGACCAGCCAUGGAGCAAAGAGAGGACAAGGUGGAAUCAGUAGUGGGUGUCAUCUUCUCCAAAAACCGUCAGGAAUGUCCUGAGCCAAUCAAAGCAGAGGUGCAAGGAUCCAUACCAAAGUGGCUGCAAGGAACUCUGAUUCGGAAUGGUCCUGGAAUACACUCUGUCGGCGAAAUGUCAUAUAACCACUGGUUUGACGGCCUCUCCCUAUUGCACAGCUUCACUUUUAGAAAUGGCGAAGUGCACUACAGAAGUAAAUUCCUUCGCAGCGACACCUAUAACUGCAACAUGGAAGCGAACCGGAUAGUGGUGUCAGAAUUUGGCACAAUGGCUUACCCAGACCCCUGCAAAAAUAUCUUCGCCAAGGCCUUCACUUACUUGUCACAUGUCGUACCUGAGUUCACUGAUAAUUGCCUAAUCAACAUCAUAAGGUUUGGAAAUGAUUAUUAUGCUUCCUCUGAAACCAACUUUAUCAGAAAGAUUGAUCCUCAGUCACUGGACACACUGGAAAAGGUGGAUUAUUUGAAACACGUGACAGUCAAUUUAGCAACUUCUCACCCCCACUAUGACAAUGAAGGGAACACUUUCAACAUGGGAACGUCUAUUGGUGACAAAGGGAAAACAAAGUACAUAAUUUUUAAAGUUCCAUCCAAAAUACCAGAUAAAGAUAAGAAGAAGUCGCCCUUGAAGAGUGCUGAGGUUCUCUGCUCCAUUCCUGCGCAUCGCCUUUUGAGCCCCAGUUACUAUCACAGCUUUGGAAUGACAGAAAAUUAUGUCAUCCUAAUAGAACAGCCUUUAAAGCUGGAGAUUGUAAAGCUGGCGACUGCGUACUUCCGAGGAGUCAACUGGGCUUCAUGCAUCACCUUCUAUAAUGAUGAAAAGACCUGGUUUCACAUCAUCGAUAAAAGGACCAAAAAGCCUGUUGGAGAAAAGUUUUACAGCGAUGCUUUGGUGUUUUACCAUCACGUCAAUGCUUAUGAAGAAGACGGCCAUGUGGUGUUUGAUAUUAUCGCAUACAAGGACAAUAGUUUGUAUGAAAUGUUUUAUAUGGCCAAUUUACGGAAGGAACUCAGUGAGGAGGCUGUAUUAACCUCAGUACCAUCCUGCAAACGGUUUGUGGUCCCCGUACACUAUGACAAGAAAGCAGACGUGGGAGUAAACCUGGUAAAGAUUCCUACGACAACAGCAACAGCGGUGAAAGACAAAGACGGCCAGAUAUACUGCCACCCAGAGACUUUAUGUGAAGGCAUUGAAUUACCUAGAAUUAACUAUGACUACAAUGGCAAGAAGUACAGAUAUGUUUACGCCUCACAUGUCGAAUGGCGCCCAAUUCCCACCAAGAUAGUGAAAUUUGAUACAGUGACAAAACAAAUGUUAUCGUGGUCCGAUGAAAUGUGCUGGCCUGCAGAGCCUUUGUUUCUCCCAGACCCGGAUGGCAAGGACGAAGAUGAUGGUAUUAUAUUAUCCUCUAUCGUAUCUUCUAACCCAAAGAAAUCUUCUUUCUUACUCGUUUUGGAUGCCAAGACCUUCAAGGAACUUGGACGCGCCAGCGUCAAUGCAAGUGUUCAUCUGGACCUGCAUGGGCUCUUUAUUCCAGACAAUAAUAACUAAACGAUGAUCUGAAGAGUCGGACCACGUAAAGGAGCCUGGUUUAAAACGUCACAAAUUUUCAUGGGACAUAGAGGACAGUGUACUUCAAGAGGUCUCUAACCUGUCACUCCGCUGGCGCAGGCUGUCAUGCGUGGGGUUGUGGCUUGGUGACAGCUGGACACCUAUUCUGUAGACUGUUUAUGUAAAACUAGAACGGUUCCCCAUAUCUUAUAAAUAACUCAUCUUGUCAAAUACCUUCUGUGGGGCUAGAAAUUUGCGUGUCCUUCCCUUCUACAAGCUUUUUCAGGCAACAAAGAGAACUCAGAAGGGUCCCAUCACAUACUUCCAUCCAACCCUGAUAAAUAUCAACCCCAGGGAGGCACCACCAAUGAGGCCAGGUGAGGCGAUCGCCUCAAGCAGCACCAGGUAGGGGCAAGAGAGGGGCAGCCGAAGGGCCAUGAGCUGAAGGGAUUAGGUAAAGAAAUUGGCAUUGGGGAGGGAGGGGUGUCAUUUCAGUUUUUGCCUCAGACACCAGAAAGGCUAGGUGCGCCCCUGACCAAACCCACCGAUUUUGGUCGGACUGGCCGACCAUCUAAUGUGCCCCUGAUGGCAGAUGUUGAAGGAAAGAAUGUUCGGCAGUGGCAUGCCGCAUCGGGUUUUCUCAGUGGAGAUUAACCGCUGCCAGAGAAGUCUGGCAACUCCUCAUUUUCCUCUCCCCAUUGAGCACACAUGCAUGCCUGGCCAAGCCAAACAGGCAUGUGAAUGAAGGGACUGAGAGGCAAAGCUGCUAUACAAGGCGAAAGGCCACCUUUAGAAUCAGGAAAAGUUGAGUUCAUAAGACGUCAACAGUAGUUUCUUGCGUGCUUCCACCAAUCAGAUGCAGCUGCACCCACCAGUCCAGCUGUUUAUAGGACAUCAUGCAGAAGCAACUAUGUCCUUUACCUCUUGAAGCAAGGAGGAGGGCCAUUUUGGGUUUUGACCUACAAGUUCUUAGGUGGGAAUACAACUGGGCCUGGAUAAGGGAGCAGAACACCUCCUAAAGCUUCCCUAACCCUCUCCCUGACUCCUAGCCGUAUGAGCUGACCUGACCUGGAUGGUAGGAGGGCUCAAACUCAGGAACCUAGGACCCUGAGUCACCCUGAUAAUCCCUCAAGAUAGGGAAAGACACGGAUGAACAGGAGUCUCACCUUGCCUAGAUGCAGGAAAAAGCAGGCUGUGCACAGCUACUGAAUUAGCAGGUAAGAACUCAGAAACAACCCGCACUUACCUGCCACGGCAACAACGAAGAACGGACCCCCAAUGCAGACAGGAUGCAUGGCAGCCCCAGCAGAGCUGCACACUGACUUAUGAUACCCUCCUCCGGGGAACCCUGACACCCCCUUACGGAGGUACAACAGACAGGGGAAAUGUCUAGCAACCAUGCUGGACUACAACACCAAACAUACCAGACAUGGAACACUAAACUAGACAUUACAACACCAACCCCUUACAUAAACCCACACCAAACAAGGAGACCUGUAAGGAAGGGUACAGAACAGAGUAACAAAGGGGAGACAUCAUGGUGACAUCGAUGUCCAACUGGACAGAUGACAUAUCCAGGACAGGAGCAACUCCAGCACACAACAUGGCUGGAGGACAACUGGCUCUAGCCUGGAAGCCCCAGGCAAUAUGAACACCAAGUGGCCACACCCAGCCAGGUAGUUAACCCCUCCAGCACCAGACAGGAAAGGACCCAGGAGAAAGGAGGAGGCACAAACAUGCAGCAAAGACACGUUGCCCAUGGCAACAAGUAUGCACAGCUAACGUGUUAUGGCGAACAACACCGCCCGUGACAGUUGCUUAGCACAGGUAAAACACUAGCACCCUUAUAAAUGUAGGCCGAUGUCUAUGUCUGGUAGUCAGACACAUAAUGGGCCUUUAUAAUAGGGAAUAGUAUGCUGUAUAUGUGACUUGUCUGUCAGGGGAUGUGGCUGUGAAUAGACACAAGGUGAAUGACGGUCUGCUGGAAGUCUAGAGAUCAGGGACACUGUAAAUCUAGGACAAUUAACAUAAUCAACUGUAUUUAUUAAUUGUAUUUAAAA